AUGAGCAAAGGUUUUCGGAUCGGCGUCGACGUCGGGGGAACGAAUACAGAUGGUGUUCUUCUCGACCCGUUAGCCAACGCUACUUCCAAUCGAGGGAUUCUUGCUUGGAAUAAACACCCCACGACGCCCAAUCCCAGCCAAGGUAUCGAGAAUGUCAUCACGACUCUUCUGCGCGAUGCAAAAGUGGACGUUAAUAGUGUGGCCAGUGUCACUAUUGGUACAACACAUUUCAUUAAUGCUGUAGUGGAGAAAGACCAAAACCGCCUGAAACCUGUCGCUGUCAUCCGUCUGUGCGGUCCAUUCUCACGAGAUGUGCCGCCGGGUAUAGAUUGGCCUCCGGAUCUGCGGGACAUGAUAUGCACGUAUUGCGGCUUCGUUGAUGGUGGACUCGAACUUGAUGGUCAGCUCAUCUGCGGUAUCAAAGAGAUCCAGAUUGCCGAAGAAUGUGCAAAGAUCAAGCAAAAGCACAUCAAGUCGAUCGUAAUUAACGGCAUUUUCUCACCCUUGGAUAUGAUUGAGAACCAGGAGGAAACAGUCCGUGACUGGGUGAAGAAAUAUUAUCCAGAAGCGGAUGUUGUCUUGUCUAAAGAAGUCGCAAACCUCGGAUACUUGGAGCGAGAGAAUGCGGCCAUCCUCAAUGCUUCGAUCCUCUCUUUUGCGCGAAAAACUAUCUUGUCAUUCCAAAAAGCGAUUCACAGACUCAAUCUCCACUGUCCUGUUUUCAUCACUCAGAAUGAUGGCACGAUCCUGCCCGCACCUCUUGCAGCCAGAUUACCCAUCCGUACCUUUUCUAGCGGUCCUACCAACUCAAUGUGUGGCGCAGCUUUCCUUCUUCAGGGCCGUCAUCACAAAGAAAGCAUGCUGGUCGUUGAUAUUGGAGGUACCACCACUGAUUGUGGCAUGCUUCUUCCGAGCGGCCUCCCUCGGCAAGCCGCUUCAGUGACAGAGGUGUCUGGCGUAAGAUUGAACUUUUCCUGCCCGGACGUGAAGAGUAUCGGUCUUGGCGGUGGUUCUAUCGUCCGCAAGUCGGCCACAUCCUCCCCGUUGACCAUCGGUCCUGAUUCUGUUGGUCAUCGUAUCCAACAGGAAGCUCUUGUCUUUGGUGGUAAGGUCCGUACGGCCACGGAUUACGCGGUCGCUUCACAAAACCUUAUCACGAUUGGGGAUGCCGCCUUGUCUCUCCGAGUGCUUGAUACAGACGAGGUAAAGGAGUAUCAAGUCGUUAUUAAGAGCAUGCUGGAGCGAAUCAUUGACACGAUGAAGACGAGCGCUGAAGACAUUCCCGUACUUCUCGUUGGUGGAGGUGCCAUUCUUGCUCCCGAUAAACUUGAUGGUGCGAGUACUGUGGAGAAACCAGAGUAUGCUGCCGUAGCCAACGCCAUUGGUGCAGCUAUUGCGAGGGUUUCGGGAGUUGUUGACACCGUUGUGAGCACUUUAGACAAGUCAAGCCACGCUGUAAUGGAGGAGGUGUCCAAAGCUGCCAUCGAGAGAGCUGUUGCCAGUGGUUCUCUUCGAGAAACGGUCAGCAUUGCAGAAAUAGACGAUAUCCCGCUCCCGUACAUAGCAAAUAAAUCCCGAAUUAUCGUCAAAGCCAUUGGCGACUUCGACUUCUCCGUCACUUCUAAGAGCACAUCCCUUUCUCUGAUGGACGAUGACGACGACGACGGUGAAGACACUAUUGCGGACAAAAAACCUCUCCGAGGCGGCUCUUCCGUCCAAGCUAUAACGGCAGCUGAAAUAAUAGCAUACAAACCAACGGUGACCUCUUCAAGAGAGUGGAUUAUAUCCGAGGUUGAUCUGGAGUGGAUAUCGAUUGGAUGUUAUAUCUUGGGCACUGGCGGUGGUGGGACCCCAUAUCCUCACUUUAUUAAGUGUCGGGAGCUGCUGAGGAAGGGAGCCGUGAUGAGGGUCACAUCGCCGGAUGACUUGCCGGAUGAUGCAGUGGUUGCUACUGGAGGGGGGAAGGGUAGCCCAGCUGUUGGCAUUGAGAAGUUAUCUGGAGAUGAAAUGAUGCAAUCCCAGAGGGUGUUGUAUGCUCAAGUUGGAUAUCAACCUACCGUUACCAUUGCGCUGGAAAUUGGAGGUGGGAAUGGAUUACAAGGUCUGUUUUUGGGCGCCUCUUGCAAUAUGAAUCUCCCCACGGUUGACGGCGACUGGAUGGGGCGUGCAUAUCCAGUCGGGUGGCAGAUUACACCUGUUGUAUGGGGAGGUGACAAACCGCAAUUUAUCCCACAAAUUUUCCUCGAGGGUACAACGGAGAAAUUGGUUGAACGCGCUUUUCGCGCUGCACUCUCUGAGAUGGGCAGUCACGUUGCCUGUGCUAGAGGGCCUAUCACUGGAGCAAAGACCAAAGCAUUCGCUGUCCAACACACGAUCUCCCUUUCGUGGCGAAUAGGACGCGCAGUCGCCCUCUGUCGAGCCAAAAACGAGAUCGACUAUGUGUCCGAAGCAAUCAUCUCUGAAGCCGGAGGGCCCGAGUCCGCCAAAGUGCUUUUCAAAGGUAAAAUCGUACAAGUCGAACGUCGCACCAUCAAAGGGCACCUGUUUGGGGAGAUCGUCAUUAAAGCCGCAGACGUCAGCGGGAGCGGAAAUAUGGGAGAGGAAUUCACCGGGAGUAUGAAGAUCCCGUUCAAGAACGAGAAUCUCGUUGCGAAGACUGUAGCGGAGGAUGGGGCGGAGGAGAUCGUCGCAGCUGUACCAGAUUUGAUAUGCGUGUGCGAUGCGGCGAAUGGUGGUGCAAUCGGCACGCCAGAGUAUAAGUAUGGGCUGUUGGUUGUGGUUAUUGGGAUACAAGCGUCGGAUAAGUGGACUGCGAUACCGAGGGGUAUAGAGAUUGGAGGGCCGAGAGCCUUCGGGAUUGAUGUUGACUACAAGCCACUUGGGAAGUUUAACCCGCCGGUGAGUGUUAUUGAUGAAUAUGUCACGCAAUAG